AUGUCUCAAUCAAAAAAAUUUGUAAAUCGUUCAUAUUAUAUUGAAAAUGUUUUGUUAAAUAAAUUGUUUGAUCGAUGUCGAUAUCGAUAUAAUAUAUCAUUAUAUAUGAAAUUUAUUAUUUGUAUAUUAAUAUUAUAUUAUUUAAAUAUGUUAUUUGGAUUUAAUAAUAAUAUAUGGUAUGAAAAAUCAUUUGAAAAUGAAUAUCAUUUAAGAAUGAAACAUAUUGAUGUAACAAAAAUUGAAGAAAAUGUUGAACAAGUUUUAGGUUUACCAAAUAAUAUUCUUCCAAAUAAAUUUAUAAUAAAAAAUAAAUAUUUAUGUGGUCGUUCAAUUGAUCCUGAAACAUUAAUUCAUCCACAUUUACUUAUAUUAGUUAAAUCAAAUAUAGAAAAUUUUAAACAACGACAAGCUAUUAGAAUGACAUGGGCAAUAAAACAAAUUUUAUUAAAUAAAAAUAUUCAAUUAGCAUUUGUUUUAGGUAGAAAUGUCGAUAAUACAAGUAUUGAAGAUGAAUCAAAUAAAUAUGGAGAUAUAAUUCAAAUAGAUAAUAUUGAUUAUUAUUAUUAUAGUUCAUAUAAAAUGAUAAUGAUGCUUCGUUGGAUAAGUGAUUAUUGUACAUCAAAAUCUGUUCGUUCACCUCAUAUAGAUCUUCGAAAAUAUGUUUUUAUUAUAAAUGAUAAUUAUUAUGUUGAUAUAGAUAAAUUAUUAAUAUAUAUAUAUUAUAUAGAUGAAGAUAAAGAAAUGACAACAUAUGAAAGACGAACAUUUAUAACAGGUGAAUUAAUUGAAAAAUCUCGUCCUCGAAGAUUUAUAAAUGAUCGUUGGCAUAUGUCAAUAACUGAUUAUCCAUAUGAUAUUUAUCCUCCAUAUAUAUCAACUGAAUGUUUUUUAAUGACACGUUAUAAUGCACGUUUAUAUUAUAUUGCAUCGAAAUAUACUCGUCUUUUUUAUUUUGAUUAUAUUUAUAUGGGACUUUUAUCUUAUUCAAUGUCAAUUAAUUUAAUUAAAAAUAAUCAACUUUUUUCAACAUCUUCAUCAUCAAAUCAUUUUUUAAAUAAUCAUCAAUAUGGAUUUUUAUCAAAAUUGAAAUUAUUCUUUAACAAUAAUAAUAAUAUUAAUUCAACAAAUAAAUCAAUUUGUAUUCGAGUAUAUCAUCCUCAAAAAUUAAUUGACAUUUGGAAUAAUAUUCAUCAAACAAAUAUUUCUUUUUCAUUUGAGUUAUAA